CAAUGCGUAUGUUGCUGUCACGGGGCGUCACAGCGCGAGCUUCUUCGAACACGCGCCCACCGACCGACGUUCGCCCCCUCGCUGCCCUCGACUUUUCUCGCCCCACCCUCCUACUCCCUUUGCUCGCUACGCUCGUGGGCAGCUUCGGCCUUGGCCGAUGGCGGCAUUCGGCCAUCGGUCUGGCUGGGGCCGCCCCGCAGUGUACUGUCGGUGAGGCCCAGCGCCGCGCGGAAUCUGCCGGCCCACACGUCACGUGCCGGUUGAUCUUCCGCUCGGUGCCGGUCGGGCUUCGCCGACCCGCAACCCCCGGUUCGCAGAAACGGGGUUUUCCCUCGCAUAUCGCGCCUCUCGGUCUCAGCCUCUGCGUACGCCUAUCUACGUACAGCAGACGUAGCGACCUCCCUUCCCUUCCUCCUUCCUCCCCUCGAGGCAGACCACAGGUCUGCCCGAAGCCCUUAGCUUGCUGUCGAGGCGCGGUCUCCUCGAGGCUCCUAUCGGAUCUAUCUGCCACCCCUUGACAACGACGACCAUCUUCUGCUACCCUCACCCCACCGAACACUGACCCAACACCGUCCGUAUACCAAUCGCACAUCGACAAGCUAUG